AUGAAUAAGUAUGAGCAUAUUUCUUUGAUCAAGUUUGUUUGUUUGGUCCAUAUGAUUAAAAUUCUCUUAUUGCUAGAAUCUUAAAUUAAAUUGUAUUCUUUGCUUAAUAGACUAAUUAAUUUUCUAUACUGUUGGAAAUUAAAUUUAAACUCUUCUUAUACAUGCCUUGUUUAUGAAAAUGGCUAUUAUGCAGAAAAAUUAACUGGUUAUUUUAAACUAUGCGCUUUAGAUUACAUUGCUUGA